AUCUGCACAUGCACUGCGCGCGCCUGCGCUCAUUGGAAAGUCGAACAAUAUGGCGACGACCAUGGCUGAAAAAGAUUCGGACAUAAAGGCGGAUCUUGAAGAGGAGGUUGUAGAUAAUGCCGAAGCAGGAACAGAGAAAAAGAAGAAGAGGCGAAAGAAGAAAAAGACAGGAGGAUCUGCUGUAGAAGCAGAAGGGCAUCUGCCGGUCACUAAUGGAGAGGUGGACAAACUGACAGAUGAAGUCAAGAAACAAAGCUUGGGGAAUGAUGAAGAAAAGGAUGCUGAAGGAGAAGGGGACGGCGACACAGAAAGCAACAAAAAGAAGAAGAAGCGAAAAAAGAAGAAGGGUGGAGCCGGUGGCAAUCAGGGCGGAGAAGGGGAAAAGAGCUCGGAGAAUGGAGUCGGAGGAAAAUCAGGGGGAGCAGCGAGACAGACUGACCCUCCAACCAUCCCGGUCUCACAGCUGUUUCCAGACGGGGUGUUUCCUGAGGGCCAAAUAAUGGAACACCCUGAAGUGGAUGGACGCACAGCAGCCUGGCGCAUGACGAGUGAAGAGAAGAAAGCACUGAACAUGGCACACAAUGACGUGCACAAUGAACUACGACAGGCAGCAGAAGCACAUAGACAGGUCCGGAAAUACGUGCAGAGCUAUAUCAAGCCUGGACUCACCAUGAUCGACAUUUGCGAGAGGCUUGAGACUGCAUCUAGGAAGCUGAUUGAUGAGAAUGGUCUUGCAGCAGGGUUAGCCUUCCCUACAGGCUGCUCACUCAACCACUGUGCGGCCCACUACACUCCCAAUGCUGGUGACUCCACUGUGCUGCAAUACGAUGACGUCUGCAAGAUUGACUUUGGCACCCAUAUAAAUGGCAGAAUAAUUGACUGUGCCUUCACGGUAGCAUUUAACCCCAGAUAUGAUCAGCUUCUUGCAGCCGUCAAAGACGCUACUAACACAGGCAUAAAGGAGGCAGGUAUCGAUGUGAGAUUAUGUGACGUCGGGGAGAGAAUACAGGAAGUCAUGGAAUCCUACGAGGUGGAACUGAACGGGAAAACCUACCAGGUCAAGCCGAUCCGUAACCUGAACGGUCACUCCAUUGGUCAGUAUAGGAUACAUGCUGGCAAGACGGUGCCAAUCGUCAAGGGUGGUGAAGCUACCAGGAUGGAGGAGAAUGAGUUUUAUGCAAUUGAGACCUUUGGAAGUACAGGCAAAGGCGUAGUGCAUGAUGACAUGGAGUGCUCUCAUUACAUGAAGAACUUUGACGUGGGUCACGUACCCCUAAGAAUGCCCCGUGCUAAGCUCCUUCUUCACAAGAUCAACGCCAACUUUGGCACCCUAGCGUUCUGUAGACGUUGGCUGGAUCGUAUCGGGGAGACCAAGUAUCUGAUGGCUCUCAAGAACCUCUGCGACACAGGUCUUGUAGAUGCAUACCCGCCCCUGUGUGACACCAAGGGCUGCUACACUGCACAGUUUGAGCACACCAUUCUGCUGCGCCCAACUUGUAAAGAGGUGGUGAGCCGGGGCAGUGACUACUAGUCCCAAGGAAGGCAGGAGGCAGUGAAGGAUGAUAUUACCCCUCAUACAUAUUUAUGAGCCAAAUGGGCUUCUUUCAUUGGUUGAUGUUCCAACGCAGGUACUAUCUCCCAACCAGUCAGUAGUUAGGGAGUUGUACAACAAGGUAGCUCCUAAACCCCAAAAUAUGUAACAAAUUAUUACACAAAUUUUUGUUGGAGGGAUUUUCUACGGAAUUUUAUAAAAGUUUGCAAAAAGGGUUAAAUAUGUAUGAGGUCUAAUAAACAAAACAGAGCAUGGUCUAUUUUGGGCAAGUAGUACGAAAUCCUUCAUCUCUUUUUUGUUGGCUAAUUUUGACUGCAUCCCUCCUCUUCCCAUCGGGAGCUAGUCCAAAUCAGCCAACACCUUAAAACCAGUAACUUCACACUACUUCCCCUUAAUAAACCAUCUUGGACUUGGAUAGAGUACCAAAGUCUGACGUCAGCUGUCUUUGUUCUGGUUCAUCAUGUUCAUGUGCUGAUGUCUUCACACACUUAAAGGGAAUAUACAACAUUUGCAAACAUCGAAAAAUACAACUCAA